CAAGUGAUCGACGAAAAUCGAUAUCUUAGUCGGACCAAGCAAUCCAUAGACACAUCCAAUAAAUAGCCAACCAAAUGAAAUGGCCCUCUUCGCAGUGAGCAGGUUUUUAGGGGAAGAUCAGCCCAAAGAAGAAAAUAAAGAGGGCAGUAGUGAACUGCUACAGAAAAUUUUGGAGCAGGCAAAGGCUAGACACAAUCAAAGACAAAUAGAGAACAGUUCAAUUAAAAACAAAGUAAUAUGUGGUUCAGAGUCUAUAGAAGAUAAACAUGCUAAAUUAAAAGUAUCAAAACUAAAGCUAAAUGAGGAACAACACGUCAGUGCAGAAGAGCCAGUGCACAAGAAGAGAAGGAAAGAAAAAACAUUCGGUGCUAAUGAUACACCCUUCGUAGAUAACAAACAAGAUGCUGCUAAAGGCUCGCCUCAUAAAAUCUGUGAGGGUAAAACAAUUUCGGACAAGUGCGAAGAAGCAGCUGAUAGCAUUCACAUUGAGAGUAAUAUCAGUGAUGAUGCUACAAUGGUGACGAAGAAAAAGAAGGCGAAGAAAAGAAAGAAGGAACUUGCAUCAGAAGAAAUGAAUAAUAAUUCAAAAAAUACUGAAUCAGAUUGUAAGCAGACUUCAGAUGUAAAAUCAACUGUGAAUGAAAAGAAGAAAAAGAAGGGUGAAAGGGGUGAUAAAAGUAGAAAGUUUUCAGAUAACACUACAACAGUAACUAGCGAAAGCAAGGAAACACUUGAUCAUGCAUCUGACGUAUCAUCACAUACAAACAGCAUUAGUGAUGAAACUGGAACAUCAUUGUUGGAUAUUAAUUCACCAGAAAAGAUAGGUAAUGGUAAUAGUGGCUUCACAGUUAUUAGUGAUAUCAAGGCGACGGGACGGGAUGCAGUGCAGCGCGUUCUACCAGAAUGGCUUAGCCAACCAACUGUCAUCACUGUCAACUUGCAAGAUGAGAAGGAAGGGCUUGAUGCUGUACCACAGCUGGACAAGCAUCUUGUAGACAAACUGAAAGAGAAGGGCAUUCAUUACUUCUUUCCUGUGCAGAGGCAAGUUAUUCCAGUUCUCCUGGACUCGGUUCGGUAUGGUUUCGCGAUGGCCCCCGGUGGCUAUCGACCAAACGACUUGUGUAUUUCAGCUCCAACGGGGAGUGGCAAGACACUCGCGUUUGUUCUCCCGAUAAUACAGGCACUACAGCAUAGAGCAUCCUGCCAGAUACGAGCUCUAGUUGUGCUGCCAGUUAAAGACUUAGCCCAGCAGGUGUUUGAGAUAUUUCAGGCCUACUGUAAUGGAACCAAGCUGAAAGUCGCUAUAUGCAUAUCUGGGGCUGCGUCGUUUGUGAAAGAGCAGGAUCGGAUGGUCAGAUCUACGUGUGUCGGUCAUCAGAGCCUCGUUGAUAUCGUAGUGGCGACGCCAGGCCGCCUGGUGGAUCACAUCCAAAGGACUCCCGGCUUCUCCCUGCAGCAUCUGCGCUUCCUCGUCCUCGACGAAGCUGAUCGGUCGAUGGAAGAUAUGAAGCACGACUGGCUGGAUCAGGUGAACAAGGCAGCGUGCAGGAACCACGCGGACCCGAACGCUCUCAUCCCGGCGAACGUGACCGUUGGGCGGCAUCCGGUGCAGAAGCUGCUCUUCUCCGCGACGCUGUCGCAGAACCCCGAGAAACUGCAGCAGCUGGGUCUCUUCCAGCCGAAGCUGUUCACGUCCGUUCUUGCGCCGGGGACGUCGGCGGUGACGGGCGUCGUCGAGGGCGACCCGACGACGGCCGUAGCGUCCCACAGGGCCGGCGAGUUCAUCGGAAAGUUCACGACCCCGCGCGAGCUCACCGAGCAGCUGGUGGAGUGCGCGCCGGCCGUGAAGCCUCUGGUCGUGCUUAACUUCCUCCACCGUCUGUCGUUCAGGCAGGUUCUCUGCUUUGUGAACACGCAGGAGGCGGCUCACCGACUCUACCUUCUGCUCCAGCACUACGGCGGCAUCCAGGUGCGCGAGUGCUUCGGCCAGGUGCCCGUGCACAAGCGCAAUCACGUCGUGAAACAGCUGUCGGCUGGCAAGGUGGACAUCAUCAUCUGUUCGGACCUCUUCGCGAGAGGAAUGGAUGUGGAGAACGUCAGGUACGUGAUUUCGUACGACAUGCCGCCGUACAUAAAGACGUACAUCCACCGGGUAGGUCGAACGGCUCGUGCGGGCAAACCCGGCACGGCUAUCACCCUGCUGCAGAAGAAGGAAGUGCGCUUUUUCAAGGGCAUGAUGAAGGAUGCUGGAAAGAGGGCAGUGAAAGAGUUGAAGGUUCCACCACGAGAGCUGAGAGGUUUGGAAGAUGACUACAAGGUGGCCUUGGCUAGACUAGCUCAGACCAUAGAAGCAGAGUCGCAGAGGAAGGCUGACAGAGUUAGGUCUGCGUCGCAUACUGAACUGAGCCGUAGCCACCCUGCUAAGGACACGGAAGAUGUUUAGCCUCACUAUGAUCACAAACAAACCACUCGUACAAAAGGAGUAUUCAUAGAUGAAGGUCUUAUAGUGAAGAAACACACAUUGGACGUAUUAAUUUUUUAUAUGAGAUACCGUAGCUUGCAACAUGUUGAAUAUGAGAUUAUUCAAUCCUUUAUUCAUCAGCUUCUAUGCUGAAUCUUUAUGAUACAUGUACAUUAUCAAACUGAUAUGUAACUAACAUACCUUCUCAGUUUUGUGCUGAUACAUGUAAUGUAAUGACUUUAAGGUUUUUAUUAAAGCAUAGUCGUACUAUCUUUUACAUAGGAGACUCAUUGAAUAGACUGGAUACCUGAUA